AAGUCAUGUCCAGAGGAAACAACGUACAAUGACAUCGCGAAAUGGCCGGAAACUGCAGAAGGGAUGUGUUCACUUUCAGAACCCAUUUGCUUGAAGACGAAUAAUGAUGUGGCUCCGAGAUGUUGCCUUCUUAACGAAACUUGGGAAAAUAGUACGAACUGCAGUGAUUUACAAGAAGCUAUUAGUAAUCCUUGUCCAGAGGGUUCUAGAUUAAUUGAAGAUAUUUGUAUUUUUUUAAUCAAAGCCACUAGCUAUCCUUUCCUUUGUCCAUACGAAGAGAACCUACCUUUUGAUGAAUAUUGGAACCACAUUAAUGUUUUGAACGUCGCUCCCAUUUGGUUGCCUGUAGAACGGAGUGUUGGAAUAUAUGGAGAAGGAUUAUUUUAUUGGAACGAGUUAUCUUCUAAGUAUCAAUCACCGUUCACAGGGCAGCUUAAACUAGAGAAACAUAUUGUGAAUAAAAAUUGUCUAAUCCAAGAUGAAAAUAAUUAUGUGAAAGUCGUUGCUUGUACAGACAUAUACACUGGAGUUUGCGCUUAUAGACCAAUUACAAAGAGGAUGAAAAGUUUUUGUUCCCAAGUAUUCGGCUCUUCGUGCAAACAGAGCGAUUAUUCCACAAAAUCAAAGUGUUUUUGUAAAACUCAUACCACAAAUAACGAAACUAGAAAAGCAGAGUUAUUGAUACCUUACCAAAAUCUCUUAUUCGACUCUUUGGAUGAAAUUUGUUACAUAGGUCUGGAGAAGAAAGGUGAUAGGUUUCUGUGGAUUAAUUCAAACAUACCCAUUAACUAUACGUAUUGGUCAAAUAAUACCCACUUUGGUGAGAAAUACGACCUGGGAGCUAUGUCAUCGAAUGGAUGGGUGCUAAAGUCGACAGAAGAUGAUGAAAAUUGUACCAUAAUAGAGAUAUUCCCACCUGUUUUUAACGCAUCUUUAAUUUUAUCCGAAAUAAACAGUACAACUUUGGUAGCUAUAUCCAAUGAAAUGGCUGCCUGGAAGCAAUACGAACACAGUUCAGAACCAAUGAUAUUCUGUUUUACCGACGCCGCUAAUGAUGCUAUAAUCAGCAAACUGGAUAUGGACAUUAAUAUUUUCAACAGUACAUUGGAAAUAAAAUUUUCAGUCUUGGAUAAUGUGCCUGGCAACUAUUGGUGCGAAGGUUUUGCAUAUCCAGAUUUAAAAGCAGUGAAGUCAAAUGUGUAUUAUAAAAACUCCAAAAAUUCGGAAUUCGUUGCGUUAAUUUCUGCUAAAUAUUUGGAAACAGUAUACCCUCUAUCAACAGAAUACAUAAAAGAAGUUUACGAAGGGUUUAGGGCUAAUUUAGAAUCAAGUUUACGAGUAUUUAACGAAUUAGCAGAUUUCUUUCCCAGGUUAUACAAAAUCGUCGAAAUCGACGAAAAAAACUGCAAAUUAGUAUUGAACUUUCACAUAACAACUAUAAAAUCAAGCAGAAUACCAUAUACAAAAAUGUAUGCCAAUUUAUCAAACGCCUUGGCAAAUAUGAUAUCACCUUACUUUAACUACACCAGCGCCCUAUUUACCAACAGCUGCAUUGGAUUCAAAAGCGGUGAUGUAAUAUGGCCAACGAUUAAGAUUUCUGCAACAGUCUAUCAACCCACUAUGUUAAGCGAUGAAAUGCAACCCGAGUGUGUCUGGUGCUUUGAUAACAAAGGACAUGUUGCGACUCAAACUUGCGGCGGGGAUUACAUCAAUGGAGGGACUUGGAUAGAAACAUCAAAUGAAUGCAAUCUAAUGUAUAACUUAGACUUGAGUCCAAUGUUGGAGAGCGUAGUUCGUAAGGAAAAUCCUGAGGCUUAUAUCUCGUUAGUACACGAAUUAGUCGCUACUAAAAAAUUUGAAACGACUGAUGUCGAAUAUCUGGUUAGCUAUUUGAAAAGAUUGUCAGACACUAAAAUAGUGAAAGAGCUGGAUAAAUUUGUCGAUCUGGUUAAUGAGAUUUUAAUGUUGGAUGAAGAUGUUUUAAAACAAUCGCAACUUGAAUCUGACAGUAACAAUAAGAUGUUACGUUAUAUGUAUCGGAUCCUAGAAAAAACUGAUUUUCCAUUCCAGGUUAUAAAGCCACAUUUCUCGAUUGUAGGGCUUUCUUUAGAAACAUUCGAUGAAAGUUCAAUUUUCUGGAUAAAAUACAAUGACAGUAUUAAUGUGGACUUUUUAAAUUAUGAGAAUGAUAUACUUGGAAACAACCCAAAUAUUCAUGUAGGGCUAAUCUUCAAUAGACCCAUGUUGAAUAAUCUAAAACGUAGCCACUCAAGAAUAGCAAUCGUCGCGUUUUUUAAAGACUCUUUAUUCAAAGACAAAUAUUUCCAAACACACGCUCCAGCAAUUUUUAGCAUUAUUUUUCCGGACCAACUUAUUGAAAAUGAAGAAUCAUUAGAAGGCCUCCUGACUGCAGUAUACAUUUGUGACAACCCCCAGAAAUUUAGUUGUUCUUACUGGUCAAAAGAUACACUAAAUAGCAGCUAUUGGUACCAGAAUAGCCAAAGUAAUAUAAAGGGUUCCAAAAUAUUUUGUAACUUCGCAAAACUAAGAAACGUUGGUUUAGUAUCGACGAUGAAUAUAACAGAUAUAUUGGAGGAAUUAUUACAAGAUAUCACGGAAAGUUGCAUUACAAUUUUUAAUCGGAUUAACAUGAUUUUGUAUCGCUAUAGCUCACAGUUACAAUCCAAAGACAUAUCACUAAUGAUUCAACUGAUUGAAAGAUGCUUUAACGACACCAGCAUGGCUUUACAAAUUGUUGAUAAAAUUUUGGAUUGGCUAAGCCACAACGAUAGGAUAACAUCGAUUGAUAGUAACGAAAACGUCGAAGCUCAUUUAUUAAACACUUUCUAUUUGAUAGUAAACAACUCUAACAUAAACAACAUUAGUCAAAGAAAUUUCGCCGCCUUUAAAAUGGAUUCAAGCUCUGCCGACAUCGUUGGUUUUCACGUUAAAACAUGCGCAAGUAAUUGCCAAAUAACCGUCGACCCUCAACAGCUCGAUAACGAAUUGCAAAACGACAAGGAAAUACGAGUCCGGAUGAACUCUGCUCUAAUCAGACAAUUUCAAUCCGCAGAACAAGUAUUCAUAUUCGUCGUAUUCUCCAACCUCGCGCUUUUUAAAGCAAGUAAUACAUACAACAGGAGAACGAAAAUUGUGGGUUUGCUCGCGGAUACUUUGGAUAUUUUAGAUGACGGAAACGUUACAAUUUUGUACAGCGGUAAAGGCAACGCCGUUAAUCAAUCUUGCGAAUUAUGGUCUAAAGGUAAUUGGAACCCAAUGCAGCCUCCCCAGGAACCUCCUGUAAACACUGAUGUCGUUGAUUGCGAAUUUUGGAGCCUUGGGUACUACGCUCUGUUCUACAAUGAAUUAAACGUCACAGCCAUAAUAGAAGAAGUAAUUUGUCAAUCGUGGGAACCCGACGUUAAAUUAGACUACUUAGGAAAUAUAGCAAGAGAUUACAAGAAUUUAAUCAAGCCAGAAGAUCUUGAUUUGUUGGCGACUUUUGUUAUCAACAUGGCCAAUGAUAAUCCAACAGCAAUUGUUUGUAAAUUAGCUAGACUUUUAACAACUUUAAUGGAUAUUCCACCAAGUGUGUUGAGGUUAUCUCAAAAACAGUAUGGUUCUUCGGAUACAUUUUUACACAGUCUUAAUCUGGUUAAUCAAAAAUUGACUGCUAAUGAAAGCUUCUGUUCCGACGACAAUCCGAAAUUACUGGUGGUUAAAACAUUUGAAGGGAGUAGAGGAAUAGCAUUGAACACGAACGAAGGAAAUUGCAAAUUUAAUGAGAUAACUGGUGAUGUUCCUCUUAAUUCAGAUUCAGGUGUACUAAUAAUACAAAGCAAUAACCGAGUUGAAAAUAAUGGUAUUGUUAUUACUGCGUUUCGAUCCAACUCUCUAUUCAUUUCAGAGGAAAAUGAAAUAAUACCUAGCAAUAUUAUAUUCGGAGUGCCAACUUUCGAUGAGGAAAUGGAUAAAUUAGAGAUUUACAUUAACAAAAAUUUUAAUGAAUCCUUGUAUUUGGAAUGUCUAUAUAGAAAAGAUUGGGGUGAUUGGUCAUUUGCUGGAAAAUUCGAAAAUAACAAAUGUUCCUAUACCGAGCCUGGAUAUUACACCUUAUGGGAAGCAAAUGAUAAUCAAUUUAAUAUUACCAGACUAUUGCAGUUCAUUUUAUUAUCUGCUGAAGGACAAUCUAAGGAAGGGAUAGAAAAAUUACAAAGAAUUGCGGAAUUUUACGACAGAUUUCAGACACGCGAUGUUUCCUUGCUGGUCGAAUGUUGUUUAACCAUAAUAUCACAAAAACAAUAUUUAUUGCAAAACAUAGAAGUAAUUACAAAUAUUGUAAUAAGUUUUUUCAAAAUACCACUCGCAAUAAAACAAGAAUCUCAAAUCGAGUUUAAUGCCAUCAAGCUUUUCCUCAAUUUCGUUAGUUUAUGCGGCAAAGAAUUCUAUGAAAAAGUCCAGUUUCAAGUAGAAGAUUAUUUACAAAUAAUAACUUGUUACCUUAUUGAUGGUAGUAUCGAUGUAACUAUAUCAAAUAAUGUAUUAAUGUGUAACGAAAAAGAAAACCUACAAUACGAAAUAAAAAUCGAAUAUGCACAUUCCGGAUAUUUAGCAACUUCCUUGUUCAAGGAAAACGAACUCUUCGUUAACGAACAAUCAUCGAAAACAUCUAAAGUUGUGGGUGUUUCUGUUUCUGACCCCAACUUUUCUGUAACAGUAAAAUUUUCGAAUGCUGAGAAUAAAUUUUCGAAUUACGUUUGUUCAAUGUGGACAUUUUCACCAAGUAAAAAAGGUCAAUGGAAUACAAUUGCAACCGAAAUAACUUCAGAUGAAAUCCUGUGCACACCUCCAGGAAAUUCUGCGGAUGACAGAUACAUUGCGUUAGCCCAAUUGAAUUUGAAAGAUAUAUUAAAUGAGAUUUUAAGUUCGAGAUUAAUGGAUUACAGCGAAAAAUUGCGGAGAGUUUGGGAUGCCAUUCCUUACUAUCGAAAUCAGUUCGAGUCGUCCAAUGUCGAACAAAUUUACCAAAUAAUAAAAACUGGGAGAUUAACAGACUCUAACAGUGUGAAAACUGUAGUUCAAAUUAUCAACUUUUUAAUGGACUUGGAUAAAUCAAUUUUAGUAUCGGCACAAAAUCGGUACAACACCACUGAGAAUCUUCUCGAUAAGAUCGAUGAUAUGAUACUGGAAUUUGAGGAUGAAAUUUUAUUAACAAACUACAACAACUUCGCCAUAGCGAUCAAAUCUAAUUUGAAUGGUAUACUUUUCGAAGCAAACGGAGACGGAUCCUAUGUUAUAAAAGAUGUGUUACAUGACGAUUCGAAAAAAAUUGCAUCUUUGGAUACAUCAUUAAUUAUUAGGUAUUCUGGAAACAAACCAGUUAAAUUAUAUUUAACGUUUUACUUCAAUAAUGCACUAUUUAACGAAAAAUGCAGUACGCGUAUCAGGAAUCAAGCGAUAAUUGUAGGAGUUGGAGUUUCAGAUUCUGAGUUGAAACAGUCUUUGAGCAUGUUCUUCAACAAUUACGAAGACAACUCGAACAUUUGCGCUUACUGGAACCAUAAAACUGUAACGAGCGACUCUCAGACGGGCUACUGGGAAACUAUCACGGAGAAGCCAUGUCACAACAGACAAAAUCUAAAAUAUUUUGCUCUUUUAGAAAAAUACAACGUCACGAGCGAUUUGCAAGAUAUCUUCAAUUCUAGCAAAGCCGUUCUGGAGAAAUUGAAAGAUGUGAUCGACAUUGUGCGGCGCAACAGUGAUGUUAUAAAACCAUACGAUGUGUUUCUUAUUUCAGAAAUUUUAGGUCUACUGCACGAUAAGAAUAUAACCAAGCAGCAUGUUAAUUUGACUUCCCAGGUAAUCAGCGAGUUGUUCAAUGUGAAUCGAACAGUUCUUGAAGCAGCCCAGGAGAAAUUCGGAGUUACUGAUGACAUACUGUACACCGUCGAUGAAACGUUAAGAAACUGCGUAAGUGAAAUAGAAAAACCCAUCAGCUACGAUGAUUUUUCCACAUUCAAAGUCGAUGUAAAAAGCAGAAAUUUUACCACUUUGAUGUUUGAAAACUGCACCCAAUUUACCUGCGAUGUGUCUUUUAUGAAUAUUGAAAAUUUUACCGAUAUCACCAAUAAUUCGUUCAAUACAAUGGUAUCAUUCGAUCAGAAAUUGUUGAAACAAAUUAAAAGAAACAAAGGGCCUGUUUACUUAGCAGUAACGCUGUAUUUUCGUGAUAGUUUAUUUAACGAAAACAAAACGAGAGAUGAUGAUAAAUCGAAUAUUAUAGGAAUAUUCCUCGAAGGUUUAGACAAGGAUCAGUUAGAGGGUAGUAUUUAUUUUAUGUACAAUAUAGAGAAUAUGGAGAUGUAUGUAGACACGUAUUGUGCAUACUGGAAAUAUCGGGUCAACGAUGACCCUUUGCGCGGUUUUUGGCAAAACGACUCCACGCCAACGAAACCAAACGGCUUUCCGAUUUGUCAGUACGACCAUCUAACGCACUUCGUGCUUCUUCUAGCCCCUUCCACCAGUGUCUUAGAGGAAUUGAACAAUUCACGCAUCCUGGAUAUAGUUACGAAUAUCAACAGCGUCAUGUCGCUGCUGGGGCUCUUCGGCAUCCUGCUAACGGCUGUAAUGUUCGAUAGGUGGAGGAACAACACCGGCAAUCAAAUUUUGAUUAAUUUCUCCGUGGCGAUUUCGAUCAAGAACGUCAUGCUGUAUAUCAGCGAUGGGAUUUACGAGGAGAACGACAAAAGCAUGGCGUGCACGAUCACAGGGGGGAUUUUGCAGUAUUCCAUACUGUCGGAGUUCUGCUGGAUGUUGAUUAUAGCUAUAUUGCAGUUCAAGAGGUUCGUUGAAGUGUUGGGUAGUCCGUUGAAAUAUGUUUUAUUAAAAGCAUGUAUUUGCGGUUGGGUUUUCCCUGCUUUACCAGUUUGUCUUAUUAUUAUAUUAGAUGUUAAUAAUUACAACAAAAGCGAAAUAGGACUUUGUUAUCCUUCCGGAUUAGGACUUUAUCUUGGAAUUUGGUUGCCUCUGAUCAUCAUAAUUGGCAUCAACUUCGUCAUUUUCGUCUUUAUAUUAUACAAUGUUUUCCACAAAAAAGUCGAAUAUAGAGAUCAAGUCAACCACGACAUUAUAUUCCAAUGGAGACUCGCCAUCCUGCUGUUCUCCAUGUUGGGCUUGACGUGGAUAUUCGGUUUUCUCAGUCUGUUAAUCAAAUCGAGCAUCUUCGCUAUUAUGUUUUGCUUUUUGGCGACUUUACAAGGGUUUAUUAUAUUCUUAUUCUUUAUUGUUUUCAACAAAAACGUGAGGUUCUUAUACGUCAAUUAUUUCAGUUCGUGGAUGUAUUCUAAAGGAUACAAGGAUCGCAUAAAUUAAGUAAAGUACCUAAUAGAUAAAGUCCAAAAGUUAUGCUUAAAUAAAACGAGUUUGUCAAACUUGACAAAUCUUUACUUAUAGAAAAUAAAAUAACGAAAUGUUAUGUAGAUAUGU